AUGGCGCCCGCAAAAAAUCUGACGAUGGUUAUGAAUGCGGGCAGCUCGUCCCUAAAAUUCAAGGUGUUCCAGGCGCUAGGCAAUGGGGAGUUGGAGUCCCUCGCCUCCGGACUGUGCGAGCGCAUCGGCGACACUGCCAACUCUAGGAUGAAGGCCAAGACGGCGGAGGGCGGGAGUGUCACCCUGCAGGAGGGCUUCAGCGACCACCAGGACGCCCUGGGGCUGGUAUCUCGCUUCCUGGCAGACACCUUUUCCUCCAGCUUUACCCGCAGCGUGCACAGCGUGGGCCACCGUGUGGUGCAUGGCCUGGACAUCAGCGCCCCGGUCCUCAUCGACGACGGGGUGAAGGCCGUGAUCGAGAAGGCUAUCAGCCUGGCCCCGCUUCACAACCCCGCCGGCCUCCAGGGUAUCGAGGCUGCAAUGGCCACCUUCCCCGCGGCCCCCCACGUCGCCGUGUUUGACACCGCCUUCCACCAAACCAUGGCCCCCGCUGCCUACAUGUAUGCCCUGCCCAAGGAGCUGUACGAUGAGCAGGCAGUCAGGAGGUAUGGUUUCCACGGCAGCUCCUACAAGUACCUGGUGCCACGGGCAGCCAAGACCCUGGGCAAGCCCGUGGAGAGCCUGAAUGCCAUCAUUUGCCAUCUAGGGGCUGGGAGCAGCAUGUGUGCUGUGCGCGGCGGCCAGUCAGUGGACACUACCAUGGGCCUGACUCCGCUGGAGGGCCUGGUCAUGGGCACCCGCUGCGGCGACAUCGACCCUGCCAUUGUGACGUAUCUGUUGGGCCAAGGCCACUCCGGGGCGGAGGUGGAUGCGCUGCUGAACAAGCGGAGUGGGUUCCUGGGCCUGACCGGGCACUCCGACCUGCGCGCUGUCAUCGACGGCGCGGCAGCCGGCAGCGCCCCCGACCGGAUUGCGCUGGACGUGUGGCGGCACCGCAUCCGCAAGUACAUUGGCGCCUACGCGCUCCAGAUGGGCGGCCCCCUGGAUGCCCUGAUCUUCUCCGCCGGCAUAGGGGAGAACAGCUCCAUCCUGCGCGCCUUCCUGCUGGAGGGGCUGGAGUGGUAUGGCAUCGCGCUGGACGAAGAAAGUAAUAAGGCGGCCGUGGACGGGGUGGCGGGCAACAUCACGGCGCCGGGGGCAAAGGUGCAGGUGCUGGUGAUUCCCACGGAUGAGGAGCUGUCCAUUGCGGAGCAAGCCAUAGAGGUCGUGGACCGCACCUGA